AUGCCCAGGAAGCUGUCCAAGCCAUCGAUAUCGGGCGCUUCGUCUGCGAAUCUGAACGUGCUCCCCCCGGCCCUCAGCGAUGGCCGCCCCCUGCCGCGGGUCGUCGUCUUCGACCUCGACUACACCCUGUGGCCCUUCUGGGUCGACACCCACGUGUACCCGCCGCUGCGCCCCAACGCCGCCCACAGCGCUUGCACCGACAAGGUCGGCGAGACCUUCUCCUUUUACGCCGACGUGCCCUCGAUACUGCACGGCCUGAGCCGCGCCGGCGUGCGCCUCGGCGUCGCCAGCCGCACCCACACCCCCGACCUCGGCCGCGAGAUGCUGAAGCUCCUGCACGUCCCGCCCGCGAGCACGGUCUUGGGACCUGGGGACCUGGGCGCCGAUGCGGACGGCGGCGGCGGCGGCACCAGCACCAGCAAGAAGGACGGUAAGGUUAGAAAGGCCAUCGAGUUCUUCGACGCCGGCCUCGAGAUCUACCCUACUAGCAAGCUGCGGCACUUCGACGCCCUGGGCAAGCGGACCGGCGUCCCGCAUACGGAUAUGCUGUUCUUCGACGACGAGCCUAGGAAUAGGGACACCGAAUCCAUGGGUGUCACGAUGUGGCUAGUCAGAGACGGCGUCUCGUGGGAUGAAAUCGAAAAGGGGAUCGAGGAAUGGAGGAGGCGGAGGGGCGUAUGA